AUGACCACUCUUCGGGUGCUGCUGCACAUAGCCGCUCAGCGCGACUACGAGCUUCACUCUCUUGACUUCAACACAGAUUUCCUGCAGGGCAGCCUGCACGAGGAGAUCUGGCUGCGCCGCCCUCCUGGCUUCACUGGGUCGUUUCCUCCUGGUACCCAGUUGAGCCUCUGGCGGCCAGUCUACGGUCUCCGUCAGGCGCCCCGUGAGUGGCACGACACACUGAGGACUACACUUGUGGCUCUUGGGUUUGCUUCUUCUACAGCCGACCCGUCGUUGUUUCUACGCACCGACACCUCCCUGCCGCCGUUCUACAUCCUCGUGUACGUCGACGACUUGGUCUUUGCCACUGCUGACACUACUGGACUCGCUCACGUGAAGUCCGAGCUGCAGAAGAGACACACGUGCACAGACCUGGGUGAACUGCGCAGCUACCUUGGCUUGCAGAUCACCCGGGACAAAGCACAGCGCACCAUUACCCUGACUCAGUCACACAUGGUGCAGCAGGUCCUUCAGCGCUUCGGCUUCACGUACUUUUCGCCUCAGGCCACUCCUCUGUCUACUCGCCACUCGCUCUCAGCUCUGCCUUCGGAUGAGUUCGUAGAGUCGAAGCACAUGGCUGCAGGGAAGAGGGUGUCACGCUACAUGUGCAGUACAUCGGGCAUGGGGCUAGUGCUUGGAGGGCGACGUCGAGUAGUCCUCACAGGUCACGCUGACGCUUCUUGGGCUGACGACCAGGCUACGCAGCGGUCGUCACAGGGUUACACCUUCAGCCUUGGCUCCGGUUCUGUUUCGUGGCGGUCUACCCGCUCGUCCUCUGUUCUCGGCUUCAGCUUUUAG